GGCUUAGACAGCUUCUAGAUCCUUCCACAACCUUCCAGUGUACACCUCUCCCUAUUCAUCUCCUAUAUCUUCAUCUCGAUUCCCCCUUCCACGAACUUCAUUCUUCUUCUCUCUAAAAUCCCUUCCUUGUUUCUGUUUCUGUUUCUCUUUGGAGGAAAUGGCUUCCGAAUCUGAGGCUUCAGGGGCAUCGUCUAGUGCAUCUUUUCUUGAGAGGCUCAUAAGUUCAAGGAACAGAGACCUCUCCAUGUUCAUACCCUUCAUCUUGGGCUUCACUGACACAACCACAAGGCAAGAAUCGGAUGACCCAGAUGAUGAAACCACUGAUACGCCAACCCCUCGCGACAGAAUCAUCCUCAUCAACCCAUUCACCCAAGGGAUGAUCGUGAUUGAGGGCAAUUCGAGCUUUGAUUCUCUGCUGAGAGAGCUGGCCAGCAAGGGUGGGCAGCCCCCAGCCACCAAGGCCUCGAUUGAAGCCAUGCCGUCGGUGGAGGUUGGAGGAGAUGAUGGGGAGUGUGUGAUUUGUUUGGAAGAGUGGAAGGUGGGUUGUGUGGCCAAGGAGAUGCCAUGUAAGCAUAAAUUUCAUGAGAAUUGUAUAGUGAAGUGGUUGGGGAUUCAUGGGUCUUGCCCUGUUUGCAGGCAUAAGAUGCCUGUUGAUGAGGAGGAUUUGGGGAAGAAGAGAGAGGGGAGUGUUGGUGAUGAAGAAGGGAGGGGGAGGAGGGUUGAGAGGGAGAUUUGGGUGAGCUUUUCCUUCAACAGUAAUAGCAGAAGAAAUGAUUCAAAUCAAACGCCUUCAACUGCUUCCCACAAUGAUUCUUCUUCCAGUCCAACACCAGAUGAUCAUGUAAUGGAGAAUUAAAAGAAAUUUUGUACAUUUUUUUCUUCCAUAUUUGUAUAAGGUCAUGUUUUUUUUCCCUCUCUUUCACCCCCUUUUUAUUGAAGCAAUAAAUGAAAAUAUUUUCUCUUA